UAGGCUUUGACACAAACAAAAGCGAACACCGCCAGCUUAUCAUCGUUUCAUCACCGCCAUUCCCGCAAGCAUCAUUUGCUUUGAAGCUCGGCGGAUCGUGCAUGGAUCUUGCUGACGAUGAGGCCCCGCCGCCGCCGCGCGCCGCCGUCCGGUCCCGGCCGUCGAGCUGGAGCAGCAGCGGGAGCAGCGGCGGCGUCGAGUACACAAGCCUCCGGGACGUGCUCGCCGAGGCCGGGCCCGGGAGCGGCGGCGGCAGCUUCGGCGACGCCGGCGCGCCGGCGAUCGACUUCGACGCGUCCAACAUCAACAUCCGCAACCAGCUGCUGAAGCACGCCGCGUCGGCGUACCUCCAGUCGGCGAUCGUCGUCCCGCAGCGGGACCCGGGGUGCCUCAGCAGGCUGUGGAGGAGGAUGCUCCACCGCCGGCGGUGCCGCAUCCUGCUGCGGCCGUGGCCGGGGUGCUGCGGCGCCGCGGACCCGCCGUGCCUCUGCGCCGCGUACGUGGCGGGCGCGGCGCGCCGGCUCGUCGCCUUCCUGUCCGGCUGCGUCGCUCGCAUUUGGACGUAGCCACGCGCGUCGCCGGCUCGCGAUUGAUUGGAGGUGAGGUGCGUGCUGGAUUUGUACCUGAAGGAUACGAUUCCAUCGGUGGAUUGAUAAGACGAGAGGUGAUGUCAUUAUAUUACGUGCAUGUGUUCAUCAUCUCGAUGAUAGAUUGGGCUGCAAUCUGUUCUUGAUCAAUGAUGAGGACCGAUUAGCAUCGGGGGGAAAUUAUAGGAAUCGAUCGAAAGGUUUUUUUUGUUUUUCUUUUCUCUCUGUAUCGAUGAUAGACUGGGCUGCAAUCUGUUCUUGACCAGUUUCUUCAAAAAAAAAUCUGUUCUUGACCAAUGAUGAGGAUUGAUUAGCAUCGUCGGGGGAAAAUUAUAGGAAUCGAUUGAAAGGUUUUUUUUUUGUUUUUCUUUUCUCUCUGUGUUCCAAGAUUGUACAAGAUUGCGCAAAUUAUUCCAAAUAAUUGUCUCCAAAUGAACACGGCGAGGCCACUCAAUAGUGCAAAGUCUUUUUUGAC